AUGGCUGAGCAGCGGAGCACUUGUGUCAGACACGCCGAGAGUGCUUUCUACAUCAUUAUCUGUGAUGAUCCUCUAUUUAAACGCGAUCGGGACGUAGCGAAAGGCCAUUGGUACGCGAGGGGCGGCCUUGCGCGCGGGCUAAUCCGCAACCCACCUAGCUCAGCGCCCGUGGAAGCCGCGCCGGCGAAGGGAUCGAUCGCCACGAGGCCACACGCGCGGCCUGCACGAUAUUGGCCCUACGGGCGAUUUGAUAAAGCGAGGCCGACACUAUCGCCCGACGGGUCCAUCCUGAGCGGUCGAAGUUCGAAGUCGAAGACCGUGGAACGAAUCAAUUACGCCGCGGUCGCGUUUCGCACCGCGCCCGUGCGCCCAAUCAAUGGCCGAGUGGCCGGCGGCACGAUACGUUGUCAGGUGACGCAAAGUCCAUAUCGAAUGUUGUUCCCGUUCCCGCUUCUAGGCAGUGCUUAUUUGCACACGCCGACUGAAAUCCACAUGCUG